AUGCGCUGCUCCCACAGCAUCCCGCUUACGCUCCGGAUCCGGCUGAAACCGCCCGGCCCCUUCCCCCGCAAACCUGCAGCCCUUCAUUACGCGAGAUUUAGCUGGAUGCUCUUCCCUCGCAGGCUUUGUUCUUCUGACAAGGCCCCACCGGCACCACGAAGCAGCUGUCUCUGCGUGACGCCAGAGCAUCCCGGCACCGGGUACCUGCUGUGCCGGGCAAGCCAGCGCCUCCAGCAGCACCUCCAGGCUUCCCUGCAGCGCAGGAUGAAGCCGCUGGCAUCCUGCCUGGGCCUGUGGCUCUUCCUCCAGCUCCCUGCCCUGGUCUCUGGGACCCGUGUGGUGUACAAAGUGCAGGAGGAACAACCCCCCAACACCCUCAUAGGGAGCCUGGCCUCUGACUACGGAUUCCCAGACGUGGGGCACCUCUACAAGCUGGAAGUGGGGGCCCCGUACCUACGUGUGGACGGCAAGACUGGGGACAUCUACACCACAGAGACCUCCAUCGACCGGGAGAGCUUGCGUGAAUGCCAGCACCUCCUGCCCGGAGACCCCUGCUUCCUGGAGUUCGAAGUGUCCAUCACUGACUUGAUCUUGAACAGCAGCCCACGCCUGCUCGAGGGGCAGAUAGAGGUGCUCGAUAUCAAUGACAACACCCCCAACUUUGCCUCGCCCGUUCUCACCCUCUCCAUCCCUGAAAACACCAACAUCGGGGCACUCUUCCCCAUCCCCCUGGCCAUGGACCGGGACUCGGGCCCCAACGGUGUUGCCUCCUACGAGCUGACGGCUGGUCCGGAAGCGCAGGAGCUCUUUGGGCUGCAACAGGCUGGGAAGCAGCCGCAGCUGAUCGUCAUGGGGAACCUGGACCGGGAGCAGUGGGACUCCUAUGAUCUGACCAUCAAGGUGCAAGAUGGAGGCAACCCUCCGCGGGCAAGCAGCGCCCUGCUUCGCAUCACUAUCCUGGACAUGAAUGACAACGCGCCCAAGUUCGAGAAGGCCCUGUACGAGGCGGAGCUCUCCGAAAACAGCCCUGUGGGACACUCUGUCCUCCAGGUGAAAGCCAACGACUCGGACCAGGGCGCCAACGCUGAAAUCGACUACUCCUUCCACCAAGCCUCGGACAUGGUGCGCCGGCUGCUGCGCCUGGAUCGCACCACAGGGCUCAUCACUGUGCAGGGGCCCAUAGACCGCGAGGAUGUCAACACCCUCAAGUUCUCCGUCAUGGCCAAGGACAAGGGAGCCAACCCCAAGAGUGCCCGCACCCAGGUGGUGGUCACCAUCAAGGACAUGAAUGACAAUGCGCCCUCCAUAGAGAUACGGGGCAUUGGGCUUGUGACCCACCAGGAUGGCAUGGCAAACAUCUCGGAGGAUGUGCCAGUAGAGACAGCAGUAGCUUUGGUGCAGGUGUCCGACCGAGAUGAGGGCGAAAACGCUGUGGUGACCUGCGUGGUGGCUGGUGACGUCCCAUUCCAGCUGCGGCAGGCUAGUGAAACCGGGAGCGACAGCAAGAAGAAAUACUUCCUGCAGACCACCACGCCGCUGGACUAUGAGUCGGUGAAGGAUUACACAAUUGAGAUUGUGGCGGUGGACUCAGGGACCCCGCCCCUCUCCAGCACCAACUCUUUGAAGGUGCAGGUGGUGGACGUGAAUGACAAUGCACCAGUCUUCAGCCAGAGCUUCACUGAGGUGGCGUUCCCUGAGAACAACGAGCCCGACGACCUGGUGAUGGAGGUGAGCGCCAGCGAUGCUGACAGUGGCUCCAAUGCCAAGCUGGUUUACUCCCUGGUGACAGACCCCUCCUCCAAGGGCUCCUUCACCAUUGACCCCGACUCCGGGGAGAUCCGGGUGAAGGCGAUGCUGGACCGAGAGCAGCGGGAGCGCUAUGAGUUCUUGGUGGUGGCGGCAGACAAGGGCAGCCCCAGCCUCAAGGGCACGGCGUCUGUGGCCAUCAAUGUCAUGGACAGGAAUGACAAUGACCCCAAGUUCAUGCUGAGCGGCUACAACUUCUCAGUGAUGGAGAACAUGCCACCCCUCAGCCCUGUGGGCAUGGUGACGGUGAUCGAUGCUGACAAAGGAGAAAAUGCCCGCAUCCAGCUGUCGGUGGAGCAAGACAAUGGGGAUUUUGUCAUCCAGAAUGGCACUGGCACCAUCCUCUCCAGCAUCUCUUUUGACCGGGAACAGCAGAGCACGUACACUUUCCGACUCAAGGCGGUGGAUGGUGGGGAUCCUCCCAGGUCUGCCUAUGUGGGGGUGACCAUCAAUGUCUUGGAUGAGAACGAUAACGCCCCCUUCAUCACUUCACCCUCCAAUGCCACCUACAAACACAUCCUGCCCCACACCAGCCCUGGCCAGCAGGUAAGCAAGGUUAAAGCAGAGGACAUUGACUCUGGCGUCAACGCGGAGCUGACGUACAGCAUCACAGGAGGCAACCCCUUCGAGCUCUUCCAGAUCUCCCCGCACAGUGGAGACAUCACCCUGGAGAAGGAGAUCCUGCGCAAGCACCAUGGCCUGCACCGCUUGGUAGUGCGUGUCAAUGACAAGGGCAAGCCCUCGCGGCAUGGCACAGCGCUGGUACACUUCUACGUCAAUGAGACGCUGGCCAACCGCACACUGCUGGACACACUGGUGGGGCACAGCCUGGACACACCGCUCGACAUUGACAUCGCCGGAGACCCCGAAUAUGAGCGCAGCAAGCAGCGAAGCAACAUCCUUUUUGGAGUCAUCGCUGGCAUCGUAGCCGUCACCCUGGUCAUCGUGCUGGUCGUCCUGGUGCGCUACUGCCGGCAGCGGGAGGCCAAGAGCGGCUACCAGGCAGGCAAGAAGGAGACCAAGGACCUGUACACACCCAAGCAGGUCAGCAAGAGCAGUAAGAGCAAGAGCAAGGUGAAGAAGAGCAAGUCCCCAAAACCGCCCAAGCCCACGGAGGAUGAGGAGGAGACAGGGCUGCAGAAAUCACUCAAGUUCAACCUCAUGAAUGACUCUGUCAGCGACAGCCCCCGAAUUCACCUGCCCCUCAACUACCCGCCGGGCAGCCCGGACCUGGGUCGCCACUACCGCUCCAACUCGCCGCUGCCCUCCAUACAGCUGAAGGCCCAGCCGCCCUCCGACUUGAGCGGCAGCCUGGGCUCCUGCCAUGGGGCUGAGCUCAACUGCCCUGUUGGAUUUGACUUCAAUAAAGUUUUCUAUUUUUGA